AUUUCGCCGCGUACGGACAGGUGAUUGCUGUCCGGGGAAGGGCGGGGAAAAUCGCGAGGCACGGCAAGCAGGACAGUCCCAACUCCCAACCUAUUUGAUUCACAGGUCGCAGCGAUUUUACUGGUUCGGACGCUCUACACCACCUAAAUGUCCAUAAGCGAACACUAUCAAGCCAUCCGUAUUGCUUGAGCAGUUAAGUUUCAGAUGGAGGGAAAGACUGAGGAAGUCGAAGAUAUUGGAAGUGCAUCUAGUGGUUCAUUUAUUGAUGAUUCAGAUGAUGGAUAUUCAACUUCUGAAUUAGAUGACAAAGCACAUCUGGAGGAACCUUUGACUGAGGAAGAAAUUGAAGGUCUGAUUGCUGAGUUGUUAGAAGUUGAGAGCAAGGCUGCAGAGGCUCAAGAAGCUCUCGAGGAGGAGUCUCUUAACAAAGUAGGGAUCGAGGUUAGGCGAGAGUUGGAGCAAACUCUUCAAGGCGAUGAUUUGGAAUCUGCUGUUGCAGAUGAGAUGACUACUUUAAAAGAAGAGUGGGAAGCUGUUCUGGAUGACCUUGAGACUGAAAGUGCCUAUUUACUGGAACAACUUGAUAUGGCUGGUGUUGAGCUGCCAAGGCUUUAUAAGUGGAUAGAAAGGGAGGCUCCUAAUGGUUGUUUGACUGAAGCUUGGAAAAAGAGGAAUCAUUGGGUAGGUACUCAGGCAACUGAAGAAUUUUCUGAGUCAGUUGCCGAUGCUGAGAAGUAUCUACAAGUCUACAGACCUGUUAGAAGACGACAUGGUAAAUUAUUGGAAGAGGGUGCCAGUGGUUUUCUUCAAAAAAAGCUUGAUGAAUCCAGUGAACCAGUAAAAGAAAAAGCUGAGGUAGAUUGGGGUAUGUUUAACAAAAUAUUUCACAACAGUGGUGAUGCUGAUGCUUCAUUUGGCAGCAAGAAUUGGGCUUCUGUUUAUUUGGCCAGCACUCCACAGCAAGCUGCAUUGAUGGCACUUGAAUUUCCUGGUGUCAAUGAGGUGGAGGAGAUUGAUGACAUUGAUGGAACUUCUACCGAUCCAUUUAUUGCAGCCGCAAUUGCAAAUGAAAAGGAACUAGAGCUUACUGAUGAGCAGAAGAGAAAAUUUAAAAAGGUCAAAGAAGAAGAAGAUGUGAUUGUUGAUCGGAAGCUUCAAAUCCAUUUAAAACGAAGGAGGUAUCAAAAGAAUAAAAAACAGAGGGAAACUAUAGAGAGUGUCCAACAGAAGUCUUCAUUUAUUGAUUGCUCUAAUCCUGAUAUGAAGGAAGAAACUUGUGACGAUGAUGGCGAAAAGGUGACUAACAAUGAAGUUGGGUGUCUGAAUACAAAAACUGAUAAUAUUGAAGAUCUGGAGAGCAGUUAUGACCAUGACAAAGUGAAGCCUAUGAAUAUUGGCCCUUUGUCAGAGCUCUCUAAAUCUUUAUUGCCUGAUGUCAAUCACAGAGGUACCAAGCGACUAAAUGAUGGUGAAGAGUAUUAUGAUGCUAAAAAGGGUCGAACUACUAUCAACAGUGGUGAUGAAGCUGAUGCAGUUGAAAAUAAUAUAGUUAGGAAUGCAAAUGCAUUAGAUGAUCAGUCUGAGAUGCAAGGCACUUGUACCAGCAUUGCUGAUUGUCUUCCUUCACAGCAUCUGGAUAAGAAAUUUUGCUGCACUGUUUGUGAUAAAGUGGCUUUUGAAGUUCACCAACAUCCUCUUUUGAAAGUGAUUAUUUGCAGGGAUUGCUAUUCUUUAACGGAAGGAAAGAAACGUGUGAAGGAUCUCAAUCCUGAUAGCUCUGCGUGUUAUUGUGCAUGGUGUGGAGGAAGCAAUGAAUUAGUUAGCUGCAAGUCAUGCAAAGUGUUAUUCUGCAACAACUGCAUAAAGAAGAAUCUUGGUGCAGAAUUCCUUUCUGAAGUUCAGACCACUGGUUGGCAUUGUUGUUGCUGUCAGCCAAAUCUCUUGCAAGGACUAUCAUCACAACUAGAGAAAGCUAUGGGAUCUGUCGACACAUCAGUUUCCAGCUCCAGUAGUGAUUCAGAUAAUUCACAUGCAGAGAUUGAUGUUACUAUCAGUUCUAAGCGAAAGCGCAAAAAGAAGAUUAGGAGGAUCCUUGAUGAUGCUGAAUUAGGAGAGGAAACAAAAAGGAAAAUUGCAAUAGAAAAGGAGCGUCAGGAACGUUUGGAGUCUCUGCGAGUACAGUUUUCUGCCUCAUCUAACAUCAUGGGAUCUUCUGGAUGCAACGGGAAUUUAUCUGAAGGUGCAAGUUCUGAAGUCCUAGGUGACGCUUUAACAGGCUAUGUAGUGAAUGUUGUGAGGGAAAAAGGUGAAGAGGCUGUCAGAAUUCCUCCUAGUACAUCAGCCAAACUGAAAGCUCAUCAGAUUGCAGGAAUAAGAUUUAUGUGGGAGAAUAUAAUACAGUCAAUCAGAAAAGUGAAGUCCGGGGAUAAAGGUCUUGGCUGUAUUCUCGCUCAUACAAUGGGCCUUGGCAAAACCUUUCAGGUGAUAACUUUCUUGUACACAGCAAUGAGAAGCACUGAUCUGGGGUUAAGAACUGCACUUAUUGUCACACCUGUCAAUGUUCUGCACAAUUGGCGGCAAGAGUUUAUCAAAUGGAGGCCAUCAGAAGUAAAACCGCUGAGGGUCUUCAUGCUGGAAGAUGUAUCAAGGGAUAGGAGAGCUGAAAUACUUGCAAAAUGGAGAAAAAAAGGUGGCAUAUUUCUGAUUGGCUAUACUGCUUUCCGAAAUUUGUCUUUUGGAAAGCAUGUGAAAGAUCGACACACUGCCCGAGAAAUUUGUCAUGCUUUGCAGGAUGGACCAGAUAUACUUGUUUGUGAUGAAGCCCAUAUGAUAAAGAAUAUAAAGGCUGACAUAACCCAAGCCUUGAAACAAGUAAAAUGCCAUAGAAGAAUUGCACUGACUGGAUCACCUCUUCAAAACAAUCUUAUGGAAUAUUAUUGUAUGGUUGAUUUUGUAAGAGAAGGUUUUCUUGGAAGCAGUCAUGAAUUUAGGAAUCGCUUCCAAAAUCCUAUAGAGAAUGGUCAACAUACUAAUUCUACGCUGGAUGAUGUGAAGAUUAUGAACCAAAGGUCUCACAUCCUCUAUGAACAAUUAAAAGGCUUUGUUCAACGAAUGGACAUGAAUGUGGUGAAAAAGGAUUUGCCUCCCAAAACUGUCUUUGUGAUAAGUGUCAAGCUUUCUCCCUUACAGAGAAAAUUGUACAAGAGAUUCCUUGACGUGCAUGGAUUCACAAAUGACCGGGCUUCUAAUGAAAAAAUGAGAAAGAAAUGUUUUUUUGUUGGGUACCAGGCUUUAGCUCAGAUAUGGAACCAUCCUGGGAUCUUGCAAUUGACAAAAGAAGACAAGGACUAUGUAAGACAAGAAGAUGCAGUUGAGAAUUUUCUUGUGGACGACAGCUCUAGUGACGAAAAUUCUGAUUAUAACGUGCCUGUUGGAGAGAAAGUUAGAUGUGCAAAUGAGCUUCUGCAAAGGAAAGAUGAGAAUGGGUUUUUUCUAAAGGGUUGGUGGAAUGAUCUUCUGCAUGAAAAAAAUUAUAAAGAACUUGACUACAGUGGCAAAAUGGUUUUGCUCGUGGACAUACUAACCAUGAGUUCUGAUGUGGGUGACAAGGUGUUGGUUUUUAGCCAGAGCAUACCAACACUAGACCUCAUAGAACUUUAUCUAUCCAGACUACCUCGACGAGGCAAACAUGGCAAAUUUUGGAAGAAGGGAAAAGACUGGUAUAGGCUGGAUGGAAGGACAGAGAGCUCUGAAAGGCAGAAGAUGGUUGAGAGGUUUAAUGAGCCUUCCAAUAAGAGAGUGAAGUGCACUCUUAUUUCAACCAGAGCUGGUUCUUUGGGUAUUAAUCUCCAUGCAGCUAAUCGUGUUGUUAUAGUUGAUGGUUCUUGGAAUCCAACAUAUGAUCUCCAGGCCAUCUAUCGAGCUUGGAGGUAUGGCCAGAGAAAGCCUGUGUUUGCUUACCGAUUGCUGGCUCAUGGAACUAUGGAAGACAAAAUAUAUAAGCGCCAGGUAACAAAGGAGGGACUUGCUGCUAGAGUAGUUGACAGACAGCAAGUGUACAGGACUAUAUCUAAAGAAGAGAUGUUACAUCUCUUUGAGUUUGGUGAUGAUGAAAACUCUGAGACAUUGGCUGAACUGAGCCAAGAGAAUGGGCAUUCAGUGGAACAGACAGUACCAAAUUCAAAUGGAAUCAGCCAUUCUGAUAAGUUAAUGGAAAGCUUACUUAGCAAGCAUCGUCCAAAGUGGAUUGCUAAUUAUCAUGAACACGAAACCUUAUUGCAAGAGAAUGAAGAAGAAAAGCUAUCGAAAGAGGAGCAAGACAUGGCUUGGGAAGUAUACAGGAAAACGUUAGAAUGGGAGGAAGUGCAGAGAGUACCACUGGGUGAAUCUCUGCCUGUUCAAAAACCACUAGAGCCAAACGCAGCACCCUCUGUAUCAAAGACCCGCAGCCUCUCACCAACAAAGUUGAGGAACCAUUUUCUAACGCGGAAAUGCACCAACCUUUCACACUUGCUGACGCUUAGAAGUCAGGGCACUAAAUUUGGUUGCAGCACAGUCUGUGGGGAAUGCGCUCGAGAGAUCAGAUGGGAGGACUUGAAGAACAGAGAUGGGAGAGUAAGAAGGUGAAGGAUGAUAUAAUUUUUACUUGCUUAUAUUUGCUUAACUAACUAAUGUAUCUGCUUAUUGUUGUGAAUGGCUAGUCCCCCUGGUCAAUAUAUAUAUAUAUAUAUAUAUUGUAAUAGAUAUAGUUGUAAAUGGAUUGGGCUUGAUAUUCAAAAUCUUCUUGAAGAAAUUGUAUGGUUACUCGUGUUCUGUGGGACUAUUUCCUACUGCUGGCGUGGCUUGAAGGCUAACCCAUCUACGGCGGACUUAUGCCUGUAUGUAAAUGAAGUACUACAGUAUACAAUUUGAUUACAGUUGACCUGUUUUUGCA